AAUUGUUAGAUCUUGAGAACCAGAAGAACAUUGUGCCAUUGUCUAGCCCUUGCCACUCUUCAGUCUUAGAACUGAUAAUAAGACCAAAGUUAAGGGAUAUGUGUGUGAGUGUGAGUAUGUACGAAAUACUAAAAACUAUAUAAUCAAAAUGUCAGCCCUGGAAGAGGCCUCUGAAGUCCCAUAGUCCAACUGAAAUGUAAGUCAUUGCUACAACAGCCCUUGCAGCCUCUCCUUGAAGAUGUCCAGUAAUGGAGAACCAAAUGUCUUCAAAGGCGUUGGCUUCCACUUUGUGACCAUUCUAAUCGAAGAAUGUUUUUACCUACCUUGAGCCGAAGUCCAAUUCUCUGAUCCCAGUUUUGCUUUCUGGGGCCAACCAGAACUAGUUGAAUCCACAUAGUAGCACUUCCAUGUAAUGGACCAUCAAUGACUAGAAGACAAUGACCAUGCCUCCUCUCUGUUUUCUCUUCUCUAGGCUGAAAACCCUCAUUUCCUUCAAUCCUUUGACCAUCCUGGUCACCCUCCUCUGAAAGAGCUCCAGCUUAUCAGUGGGGUUAUGUCAUUGAAACAGGGAGCUCCCAGAUAAGGGACCAGCAAAUUCUCUGUAACUUCCACUCCUGAUCCAUUUCCCAGUGUACUAAGAUGUCAACUAUUUUGUCUAAGGGUAAUAGAACGAGCACUCGGCUUGAAUCCCAUGGCCUGGGUUUGAGGAGCUGGGGCUCCUCCAUUUACUAGGUGAAUGAAGACAAUGAAAGACGGAAUAUGUCCGGUCGAUAAAGUCCAUUGCCUAAAGUGGAAUGUGAACCAUUGCCGUGGGGACAAUGAGUGCAAAGGAAAAUUAAAAUGUUGCCAGUACAACUGUGGAUUUAUAUGCUUGGAUCCCCAGACAGUGAAAGAGGUGAAUGAUAAAGAAACCGGGCCCAAUGAGUGCUGGCAACAAGCCCUGCAUCCAGGAAGACUGCGGUUCCCAGUUGAACUCCAAGCCUACCUUCUCUACUCCAUCCACUCAGCCUGCCCAGCCCACUGUGCUUAGAUCUCAGAGGAUUGGCUAAAGUCUCCUAUAGAUUGAUAGUAAUUCUACCCGAACCCCUGAAAUGAAAAAAUAUGAAUAUUUUUAAAAUAAAAAAUAUUUUUAAAUGA